AUGACCCUGGAGAAGCAUGAUGAGUUGCUGAGAGGCAUCAAGAGAUGCUCUGCAAAGACGCUGAAGGGAAAAAUCGAUCAUGCUCAUGGAUUUACAUCAUAUUGGAAUCGCUUGGAAACUAGAAUCGAUUCCCAAGGCUUCCUCGGCGAGGGUGUCAAGCUUGCCGCUAUGAAAUCUGCGAUACUUGCGAUUAUUCUUCGCACCCUCCAAGACGCUCCAGAUGUCACUAAGUGGUUAACACCUGAGAUUAACGCCGCGAAGUCAAAUAAAGAUGACCAUCUGCUCUCGAGGGCUGUUAAGUGGGGCCUACCAGAGACUGUCGAGCUUUUGUUAGCUUCUGGAGCAGAUCCCCAAAGUCAAAGCAACGAGAUAGACAGCGAUUGUGGAAAUAAUGAGGCAGAAAUGUUAGUCAAGGCUCAUAUUCUUAUGAAGGGGCUUCACGAGAGCGGACUUCCCGAUACCACAACUCACGACAGCCGUGACUGGCAUUACAUGCUGGCCUAUCUCGAUCCCCACGAUGGUACUUGGCACCUGUUCCCUGACUGUCCUCUACGGAGAUAUGACGUUCCAUUUACGAAGACCGAAGGCAUACCAGAGGCACGUCUGACCUGGAUCCAGAUUCUAUUAAUAUCGGUCAUCAUGCAGACCCUUACACAGUGCGCUUCUGAAGACUUUCACUUGCACUUCACAUCGUUGAAGCGUGAUUCAAAUGACCUUCUUUUGACGUAUUUGGAGCCGUCAUAUCAAUCGAGAGCCUGGGUUCAACUAGAUUACGAAGGCUUGUUCAGUGGUCGCAAUGUAUGGGAAGGAAAGGCUUCGACGAUCGUGUUUCCAUACUUGGUACUCACACAGAUCAGACAGCAACAAAAGAUGAGAAGAAAGCACGAGGAUCUCAAGAGAAACUUGAAGCGUCAUGAAUCUCUUCUCUCUUUCAACCAUCUGGAGCGCACCUUAGACGAGGCUUACUAUCCAGGGCUCUCUGCUAAAGCCUUGACGAUACGCAACCAAGACCAGGUAGUCUCGCAUAGUGAAGAUAACUUUGGCUCCUAUGAUAGGCGAGAGAGUGGUGCCGAAAAGACCGAUGUGACAGCGUUCAUCCUUAUGGUACCGCAGCUCUGGGUCUAUCGGCUCGGAAACAUCGUCGUAUCCGCCUACAGUAUGCGUCAAGAAGCUGGAAUCGCGCGGUAUAUUGGCCAAGACGGGCGCGAACGUCGGGAUAUAGCAGCAUAUGCGGAGAUUCGCAUCGGUUUGAUCAUCACCAGCUUGAUCAACAGAUUUGGCAAGACCUAUCGUGAUCUUGGCGUGAACUAUCCGCCUACGCUCGAUCUCUUCGAGACGAGAGUUGUUAAGCUUCUGGAAGAAGUGAGACUGUACACCGAAAAGCCCGCUGCAGGGAUGUCGAGUUUCAGUGGACUUGAAUACCGUCGAGAGAGAUACUUCAUACAUGUCAUCUCCGACGUGCGCAGUGAGCUUGCCAUGAUACAGCACUUUCUCGAGCAACAGGAGCGUUUAUUGAGAUGUUUCCUCGAAGACCGCUCGCCCGACAGCGUAGAAGCACAUCGACAAGAUUGGGCACCAGUCGAAGGGUCCCAAGAAACCAUCCUGCAGUACAUGCGAAGAGUAAGAAAGAUUGAUGGGGAUGCAGAGAGAAUAGAAAAGAGCGUACAGGACAUGCUCAACCUCAGGCGUACACACGCUAGCAUCAGGGACGCACACAGCAGCCUCGUCGUCAGUACUGCUGUAAUUGGAUUCACCGUCAUCACAGUGGUCUUCACCCCACUUGCGUUCCUUACAGCACUUUUCGCUCUCAAAAUCGACGGCUUUGAGAGUCUUCAGGUUUUUGGCAGAGACGGUGUUUAUCACAGUGGCAAGAUCGGCGGCAUCUUCGCCUGGGCUAAGGGUUCGAGCAGCAAGGGGCGCGCCAAAAUCCCAGACCCAGAAUCGCCGAAGCGGGAGACGACCAGCCUGAGGCAAAAAUGA